AUGGCAGGCAAGAAGAAAGAAAUCCAGCUGCAGACCAUAAUAAGCAAUCAAAACCAGUGGGAUGAAAUGCUGCAGACAAAGGAUAUAGUAGUAAUAGAUGUGUAUCAAGCAUGGUGUGGUCCUUGCAAAGCUGUGCUGAAUUUAUUCAGAAAACUAAGGAACGACUUCAGUGAAGACAAUGUGCUACAUUUUGCUGUGGCAGAAGCUGACAGCAUCAAAACUCUGAAACCAUUUAGGAGGAGUUGUGAACCCGUGUUUCUUUUUAGUGUUCAUGGUAAAAUUCUUGCAAUGGUGAAAGGUGUAAAUGCCCCUCUAAUAAUCAAGACAGUAACAGAGCUAGUGCAAGAAGAGAGGGAAAUUGCAGCUGGAGCAAAAGAACAUGCUGAGGUAGAAGAACUCGUUUUUCAAGAAGAAGUUUCAUCAGAAGGGUCUGCUGAGGAGACUGUAGAAGAGGAAGAAGUACUCACUUAUUCUGUUGGAAUUAUAAAACCUGAUGAUGUCUUAUCAGGACGUGUAGAAGAAAUUAAAAAAAAGAUUAAAGAGGCAGGAUUUGACAUUAAAGCAGCAGAGGAGAGAAUCCUUACUGAAGAGCAAAUCAGAGUAUUUUAUGCUCGGAAUAAAGAAGAGCCUGACUUUGACGCAUUUGUUCAAUUCAUGAUGAGUGGACCAUGCCAUGUUUUGAUAAUCACUAAAAAAGAAACAAGUGAUGCUAUUCCUCAAUGGAAAGAACUACACAAAACAAGUGUGUCUGGUGAGCCUGAGGAGCCAGUUAAGUUGCCAGGACUCAUGGAGACUGAGAGUCUGGUAAAUUUAUGUGAUUUGCAAGAUAGUGUUGAAGAUGCCAGCAGACAACUUGCCUUCUUUUUCCCAAAUUUUCAUAUAAACAAGGUAGAACAACACGUUGAAAGGACUUUGGCCAUUAUUAGACCUAGUCUCUUGAAGGAAAGGAGAGAUUCCAUCAUGAAAAGAAUAAAGGAUGACGGUUUCCAAAUAGCAAUGCAGAAAGAAAUAAUUCUCUCUGAGGAACAAGUACGUACAUUUUACAAAGAACAUGUAGAUCAAGACUACUUCUCAGUCCUUCUAGAGCAAAUGACCAGUGGUCCAACUCUUGUAUUGGCUCUAACACGAGAAAAUGCUGUAUCACACUGGAGAGAUUUACUAGGCCCAAAGACUCUUGAAGAGGCUAAUGAAAAUCCAGAGAGUUUGCGUGCACAGUAUGCUAUUGAAAAUGUACCUAUCAAUCAGUUGCAUGGAAGUUCUACACCCAGCGAUGCUCAGAAGGAACUAGAGUUCUUCUUCCCUGAGGAACAAACCUUUGCACUAAUCAAACCUGAUGCUGCUAAGACUCAUAAAGAUGAAAUAAUGAAAAAAGUUAAAGAGGCUGGAUUUAGCAUCACAAAGGUAAAAGAACAAGCCUUAACUCGUGAAAUGGCUGCACAGUUUUACAAGGAUCAUGAAGGAAAACCCUUUUUUGAACAGUUGGUGAAUUGUAUGACACAGGGUCCAUCAGUAAUAAUGGUCUUAUCAAAGGAAAAUGCUGUGGAAGAGUGGAGGCAACUAAUGGGUCCAACUGAUCCAGAAGAGGCAAAGAAGACCUGUCCUGAAUCAAUUCGAGCUCAGUUUGCACAUGAUAUUUUGUCUAAUGCUGUUCAUGGAUCAUCUAAUAUAGAACAAGCACUGAGAAGCAUUCAGUUUGCAUUUGGAGAGCUGGAUGCAGACUAA